GUCCACCCAGCCCACAGACAUAUGUACAUACAUAUAUACGAGUAUCCUGGCUUUUUAUAGAACCCAUUCGAGGCUUGAGCUCCGCUGCUGCAGUCUGCAUCCAAACAUGGCCCACGGAGGAGGCAUCAGCUCGAUGGCCGGGCUGGAGGAGAAGCCAGCGGCCUGUGUGGCCAGCAGCACGGCCUUGGCCAUUAGGAACUCGACCAUAAUCGCCCAUCGGCUGUCCAUUUACCUGCCCCAGCUGCUGCUGCCCUCUCGGGAUCCCCAGAAGCUCAUCACCGAAAUCAACUGCUACGUGGCCCAGUUUCGGGAGCUGCUCAUCUUCAUUGGCCAGGCCCGCGAUUCCCCCGAGCUGCGCGAGAAGAUCAGGAAGCUGCGGCGCAGCUGUGUGGAUGCCUGCAAGCACACCGCCCACCUAAUCACUCCCCAGCCGCGUCACUGCCUGGGCAGUCCCAGUGAGAGGAUGCACCUGACCCUGCUCUACCACCUCACGCUGCAAUUUCAGCACGAGUUGAUCAAGAGCCAUCGUUUGAUCCAACUGGUGCCCCUGGACAUGACGGAGUACUAUGCUCCAUCCCGCACAGCUCCGUCCAAUCUGGGCAAUGUCAUCAGCCAAUUCCUGCUGUGCAAGCAAAUCAAUCCCGACUUCCAGCAGGAGGAGCUGUGCAGCAUUGUUAAGGACUCGCAGGAGCUCAGCGAGCUUUUGGAGGAGCUUCAAGCCCACAUGCCCUUGACGGAGGCAUCUCCGGAAUCCGACCUGGAUCCAGCACAGAAAUCUGAAAGUAGUCUGGUUUCCCUUAACACUCCGGAUUGGUAUGCCCGGCAGCGCAGGCGGAGUUGCAAGAGCCGGAGCCGCAGUCUCUGUUGCUGCCUUUCCAAGAACCCAGCCAAAACCUUUUAGAAAGAGCUGUCUUCUAAAUUAAUCAAGGAAUUCUUAUCCCCUAGAAGCUAGAUACUAUGUAGUUACAGUGAUAGUUUCCUCUAAACUUGGUGUUAAAUGUCAUGGAAAGGAAAUGAAAACCUGUCGCAGAUAGAAGCCAACUAGGAUUUUACACCCAUUAAAGAGCCAAUAAAUCUGUAACUACAGCACUUUUCAAUGAUAACAAACCAAGUUCGGAAGCGAUAAAACGUAUUCCCAGAAACGAUAAUAAACGCCAGUUGUGCCGGCAAAGUGGCACCUCAAAGAGACCCAAAGCAAUA